AUGUGCUGCGCUUGCGGCAGCAAAAACGACCUUCAGGAACCUUCUGCGGCGUGCACUCACCUCUACUGUAUGGGUUGCCUUGUCGGCAUGUUCCGCUUCGCAGUGAAAGAUCGAAGCUCUUUUCCGGUCCACUGCUGCGGGCUGAUCCAACUCCACACCGUUCUGCCAACUCUUGAUGAAAGCGCAGCGAAGGCUUACCGCGCCAUUUGGGAUGAGUGGAUGACCGCCAAGAAAGUGUACUGCCCAGAGCGGAGUUGCUCGGUCUUUAUUCCGCCGCGCCUGAUUCCUCAUUCGGUCGAUGCAGACACAGCGCCAGCGGAUAUCAGCUUUCCAUGCCCGACAUGCAAGACCGGAAUUUGUGCAAAAUGCUGCAGAUUGGUGCACCGCGGAGAACCAUGUGGUGAAGCCGAGAACGACUACGAGCUCGCAUUGCUCGCGACGUUCGGGUACAAGCCCUGCCCGCGCUGCGGAGAAGGUGUCAAGCGGAUGUUUGGCUGUCGACAUGUGAGGUGUCGCUGCGGCGCCGACUUCUGCUGGGCCUGCUUGUCUCCCAAGAAAGACUGCAACGGCGACUGCGUUGCUCAUGAAUCCGAGGAGGGAUCUGAGCCAGAACAAAACAGUGAAGGUAGCGAAAACGGCGAUGCUGACGACGACCUUGUGCAAAGUCCGAAAGAGCCCGCGAACCUCGACCUCAACACCCAAGCCCACUGGGAGAACAGCGGUCUCGACUUCGGCGACGAUCCUGGUGACACACGCAUGCCGCAGAUCUGGUCGUGUGUACACCAAUUCGAUGAAUUCAUGGCUGCUGAUGGCGAAGAGUUGAGGCAUGUUUCGCCUCUUCGUUUUACUCGCUUCCGACCGGCUGACAUUCGCUCUGUAGAUACGUGGAGUGCAAUCGUUGCUUCAAGACGUGCCCCGGUGGGCGCGGCGCUGUGAUGUGUUAUCACUGCUAUCUUCUUGUUUGCGGG